AUGCCGCCUGUAACGAGCGAUCUGGGUGAGACAAUCCAGGAGGGAUUCACAGGCAAUCUGUCCCUCCAUCAGGAGGCGCAGCUGAAGGGGUUCUACCGACGCAUGUUCGAGCUUGCGGAGCAGAACGUGGAGCGCUCCGAGCAGCUCGACAAGGCGGGUGGUCCAAAAGCCGCACAAACGGGCACUGAGCUCGAGAGCAACACGGUCUCGAAGAAUGCUCCGAAAGACAAGGACGGUGCGAAGAAGGCGGCCGAGCUGCAGGCCGUGGAAAAUGCGGUUGCAAAAUACGGUGGCCCCUACCUGCGCAAUGCAUUCUGGAACGCCGUGCAGGUGGACAGUCCCGACAUGACCAUCUUGCGUUUCAUGCGCGCGCGCAAUUUUGACAUUGACCGUGCGUUUGGAAUGGCGAUUUCGUGCAAUCAAUUCCGCCUGGACAUGAACAUUGACGAGAUCAUGUUUAAGGGCGAGCUGGGCCUCAAGGAUGUGCCUGGCUUUUUGAACCAGUUCCGUCGCGGUAUCUCCUACAUUGAGGGCAACACGGACAACAAUGAACUACCCAUCUACUUUAUUCACGUUGCGCGCCACUUUACAAAUGCACAGAAACCAGAGACGCUGCAGCAGUUUGUCCUCAUGGCCAUGGAAUACUGUCGUUAUCUCUACACGCCGCCCACCGAGAAGGUCGUGAUUGUGUUUGAUAUGGCGGGUUUUGGGCUGAAGAACAUGGACUGGAACUGUGUACUGUUUAUCCUCAAGUGUCUCGAGGCGUACUACCCCGAGUGCCUCCAGCGCAUUUACAUCCACGGUGCCCCGUGGAUUUUCAAGGGUAUCUGGAGCAUGCUCCAGCCUCUUUUGGACCCUGUCGUCGCCGCGAAGAUCAAGUUUAGCACCAAGGCGGACGAGCUGGAAGAGUAUAUCCCCAAGUCACGCUUUUCCAAGAGCAUGGGCGGAACACUCGACUGGGACUGGAACUAUGUCGAGCCUGUUGAGGGUGAGAAUGAUCUGCUGAAAGAAACCGAGAUCUGCAACCAGAUCAAGGAGGAGCUCGACGUGCUGGUACGAAAGUUUGAGGAUACGACCAGGGAAUGGGUAAACACGGAAGGACACAGUGACGAACUGGACUAUCGCCGCCUGGUGUUGACCAAGCAGAUGCGCCUCAAGAAUUUUCAGUUGCGCCCUUUUACGCGUGCGACGAAUAUAUACCAGCGUGUGAAUGUGCUUCGUAAUGACGGCACCGUUACCUGGACAUACCCGCAGCUGAAUGGACCUACACAGUCGCAAACCAUUAAUGAGCGCCACAAUGUGCCUGCGCUCAUUGCAUGGCUGCGUGCGCACCAUGAAGACACGCUUGAGAACUCUGUCGGCGGUCGAUUCAGCCCCUGUAUGCUCAUUCCUAACUCCUACAGCCACGUCGAGGGCGUCGAAGCGAUCAAGAAAGCCAAGAAGGCCCCCAAGCCCAAGGAGAGGCCCUCCAAAAAGGAGGCCGACGUGCCGGGCGCGGCGGCUGGCGCUGCGGGCGGCGCUGCUGCUGCAGGCGCUGCAGGCGCUGCAGUUGCCUCGCAGCGCAAGCCCAAAGGAGACCGCAGCAAGCCCCGCCGCACGCAAAAGGCGGAUGCUGGCGACGGCGACGGCGCCGGCGUCGACAAGCCAGUAAAGCGUCCAGCGCGCGUGAAGCGCAAACCUGCGCCGCCUGUGGGCCAGCCCAUCGCGAGCGAGAGCGAGAAACCAGUGGAAACGCGCAAUGUGGCCUCAGAGCCAGCGCUGUCGGAGACGACUCCCAUUGCGCCUGCUGCCGGCGCCGGACUUACAGGUGGCGCAUUGGCCGGCGGCGUUGCUGCCAUGGGCCUUUCAAGCAAGCGUCCCUCGAGCGUCACGUCAGACGCCUCGUUUGCCUCUGCGGAAGAGUUUGGCCACGCAAGCCAAGCUCGGCAAUCGCCCGCAGCUCCGCCCCUCGACAUGGACGACGAUGACGACGAGGUAGACGAGAUUGAGGAAGAGCGUGUUGCGCACACCAAUCCCACGCACCGCAGUAUUGUCCAAGAGUACGACUUGGACGACGAUGAAAUGUCGGUGCUGAGCGAAGACGAUGACAAUGAGGAUGCUCUCACGCCCGAGACGGUUGUUGUGCCUAGCUACGCGAUGGGCAAAGUUACCUAUGCACAGUGCCAGCAAAGCGAAGCCGCGCUCCGCGAAGAUUUGGAAGUUGCCCACGAUGCCAUGGAGCUCUUUUUGGACUCGCGCAUGCGCGAGGCCGAGAAACUUGCUUCGGACGGCGCCGACCAUCGCCUGUACCGCAGCGUCGGCACUUCGCUCAUCAACUGCGUCAAGUCGCUCAUGACCUUUGAGCCGAACGACAUGCAAGUCUCGAUGAAAUGCUGCAAGCACACUGUGAUGAUUGCCGAUGUGCUACGCAAGAAACCGAGCCGCCUGUACAAGUUCCUGCCGCUCACUCGCAGCACGCCGCGCCUUUCGUCCAUGACGCUGUUGGAACAGCAUGCAGAGCUUGUGUACGCCGAGGCCACGUUGAUCCGCGCGAUUAUGGGCAUCAUUUACUCGGGCAACACGAUUGGCGUUGUGCGCGAGGCGAUGAGUUUGCGCACGGCCUAUGGGAUCAUGCGCGACCUGCUCCAGCAACUUGAAGAGGCCGAUGGGCUUGUCGAAGAGGCCAACAUCUUGGGCCACGGCGCCGCACGGACCAUGGACCAGGACCUGCGCUCGGGCAUUUACUUGGGCAAUGCGCUCUGCUCCUUGAUCUUGUCCCUGCUGCCCAAACGGCUCACCUCGGUCAUGGGCACGCUUGGCUAUGCGGGCGAUCGCCGCAAAGCGCUAGAGCUCUUUGAGCGCGCCGGCGGCUGGUCCAAGUCCAAGAACCUUCCUGCCAUCUCGGCAGAGCAGGAAGGCGUGCGCCGCCCACUGUGCGACAUGGCAAUCUUGCUUUACCAUCUUGUCAUUGCGGACCAUGUCCCGAUGACGGAUGUGGACUUGCCGUUUGCCGACAAGGUCCUCUCCUGGAACCUCAAGCGCUUCCCCAACGGCAUCUUUUUCCUCUACUUCUCCGCGCGCCUGUACAUGUCGCAGGCACUCCCAGAAAAGGCCAUUGACUGCUACCGCAACGCGAUUGAGACGCAGCGCGAGUUUAAACAGCUGCACCACCUUUGUUUCUGGAGCCUCUCGCUUACCUACUUGAGCAUCAGCGACUAUGACCGCGCGUACGAAUGCUACGAUGUCCUCUCGCGCGAGUCGAACUGGUCCAAGGCCGUGUACCAGUACGCCAAGGCUGCCAUUCUCUACGAGACCAGCGAGGACAAUCGUGCACAGGGCAGCGUCAUUAUGGCCACCGUGCCCAGGCUCGUCAAAAAGGUGGCUGGGCGCAACAUUCCCCACGAGCAGUUUGUCCAGGCCAAGGCGCUCAAGUUUGGACGCCUCGGCCACUGCGGCUUGCCCGUCAUGGAGUUUGCCUACAUUUGGCACUGCUUUGAGCAGACCCCCGUCUUCCUCCUCAUGAGCAACCAGCUGAGCCGCAUCGACGAGGUUAUUGACGAGCUCGAGGCCAUCGAGUCCCCUUGCUCUUUUGGCACCGGCGAGGCGGACUUUUACUCGCUCUACUGCCUCGCUUUCUUCUUGCGCGGCGUUGCAUUGCGCUACGUGGCCUAUCCCGAACUGCACACCAUGGUGCGUCUUCCUGUCGGCGACCACAUCAAUGUCGCCGAGGCCGUCGAAGACGCCAUCCACUCUUUCCAGCGCGUCUUUGAGCACGCAAACCGCCUCGACAGUGUGGAUCGCUACUUGGUCUACUUUGCCCACUACGAGCUGGGAUGCCUCUAUGCAGCGCAGGGCGACGAGGCGCAGGCACGCCGCGAGCUCGAGCUUGUCCUCUCGCGCAAACCACUCACCACGCAAGACGCAGGGCCGCUGCGCACCGGCAAAGCCAACUACCUCUUGUCAGGCAUCUGCCAGCUGCGCUGCCACGCUGCCUUGGAAACCAUUCGGAUCCGGCGCGACCGCCAGCUCACUCGGAGCGUGACGCGGUCCCGCACAGUCCGUUCGCAGCCCAAUGCGCGGCGCCAGAGCCUGAGCAAGCACGCUUCGAUCUCGUCCAGUGCCGGCCCCGACCACACCCAUAUCCCGUCUGAUAUUGGCCACCGCGCACGCCAAAGCAGAUUAGUAGUGUAG